GGUUCUCUGUUUAAUGAUCUGGGUCUUAGGUAGAGUGUAGUGUUAUUUAGUUUGGUGUUCAGAGGAGGUGUGUGGAAAUCACGAGCCACACCCUCAGUUUAAUGUUCUGGGUAGAGUGUUAGGGUUGGUUCGUUUGGUCAUCACAGAGGGGGGUGGAAAACAUGGACUUUUAGUUUAACCUGUUUGGCGUGCAAGCCCGACGUCGGUACAUUUAUGACAACAGCCACUUCAAGUGCAGGGCUCGAAAUUCAAAAUAUAUAUUUUUUUAAAUAUUUAACUUUCACACAUUAACAAGUCCAAUACAGCAUAUGAAAGGUACACAUCUCGUGAAUCCAGCCAACAUGUCCGAUUUUUAAAAUGUUUUACAGGGAAGACAAAAUAUGUAAAUCUAUUAGCUAACCACGUUAGCAAAAGACUCCACUUUUAUUACUCCAUCAGUUUUUGACUCCAUCAGUAGCUAUCACAAAUUCGGCCAAAUAAAGAUAUAAAUAGCCACUAACCAAGAAACAACCUCAUCAGAUGACAGUCUGAUAACAUAUUUAUUGUAUAGCAUAUGUUUUUUUUAGAAAAAUGUGCAUAUUUCAGGUAUAAAUCAUAGUUUACAUUGCAGCUACAUUCAGAAAUUGCACCGAAAGCAGCCAUAAUAUUUACAGACACCAACGUCAAAUACCUAAUUACUCAUCAUAAAACAUUUUUGAAAAAUACAUAGUGUACAGCAAAUGAAAGACAGGCAUCUUGUGAUGCCAGACAAUAUUUCCGAUUUAUUAAGUGUUUUACAGCGAAAACAAAAUGUUGCGUUAUAUUAGCUUAGCACAAUAGCCAGAAACACUUGGGCGCCGGCGACUACGACAGAUAUAUGAAAUAACAUCAUAAAUUGGGUCUUACUUUUGCUGAUCUUUCAUCAGAAUGUUGAACAAGGUGUCCUUCGUCCAGAUGAGUCGUUGUUUGGAUUCAGAAUGGCAACUUUCUCUCUCCAUUUAGCAAGCUCGCUAGCCGGGUUGCACGGAUCUCUCCAUGUAAACAAACGGAAGAGAACGGAACACGGCAAAACUCCCGAAAAAAUUUAAAUAAUCUGAUGAAACUAUAUUGAAAAAACAUACUUUACGAUGAUAUGGUGACAUGUAUCAAAUAAAAUCAAAGCCGGAAAUAAUAGUCGCCUAUAACGUCAGCAAAACAAAAGGCAACCCCACUGUCCAAAUCGCGUUCUUCAGAGUACCGGAACUGGGGUACACGUCAUUCCAAGAGGAUUUAUUCCAUCCCAGAUCGAGAUAAUCACCUCAUUUCUUCUCUCACAGCCUUCUUGACACCCAGAGGAAGGUGUAUGACGUGCAUGUAUACUAAUAGCUCUUGUGCCCAUUUAUAGGCAGGAAGAGGAAGAGAGCAUCGAUUUCAGACUUUGAACUUCCGGGUCAGGAAAAGUGCUGCAGAAUGAGUUCUGUUUCACUCAGAGAAAUAAUUCAAACGGUUUUAGAAACUAGAGAGUGUUUUCUAUCCAAUAGUAAUAAUAAUAUGCAUAUUGUACGAGCAAGAAUUGAGUACGAGGCCGUUUGAAAUGGACACAUUUUAUCACGCUACUCAAUACUGCCCCUUGCAGCCAUAAGAAGUUAAUGACCUGGGUUCUGGGCAGAGUGUUAGGGUUGGUUCAUUUGGUCAUCACAGAGGGGGGUGGGGUGGAAAACAUGGACUUUUAGUUUAAUGACCUGGGUUCUGGGCAGAGUGUUAGGGUUGAUUCAUUUGGUCAUCACAGAGGGGGGUGGAAAACAUGGACUUUUAGUUUAAUGGCCUGGGUUCUGGGCAGAGUGUUAGGGUUGGUUCGUUUGGUCAUCACAGAGGAGACGGCUGCUGUGCGACCCCACGCUGUGGCUGCAGUUUUGAGAAACAUCACCUUCACACUGGAACGCUACGACAGCUUUAUCGAACUACAGGAGAAACUCCAUCAGAACGUCUGUAGGAAAAGGACUCUGAUUGCCAUCGGCACCCAUGAUCUGGACACCAUUUCAGGCCCCUUCACCUACACAGCCAAACCACCUGGUGACAUCCGCUUCAAACCUCUCAACCAGGCAAAGGAGUACACCGCACAGGAACUCAUGAGCCUCUACAAGACAGACAGCCACUUGCGACACUAUCUGCACAUUAUUGAAGACAAGCCUGUAUAUCCUGUCAUCUAUGACAGCAACGGCAUUGUACUGUCUAUGCCUCCAAUCAUCAAUGGGGACCAUUCCAAAAUCUCCUUGAAUACAAAGAAUGUUUUUAUCGAGUGCACAGCCACUGAUCUUACCAAGGCAAAAAUCGUGUUGGACAUGAUGGUGACGAUGUUCUGCGAGUAUUGUGAGGAGCCUUUCACGGUAGAGGAGGCUGAGGUGGUGUACCCAGAUGGCAGGACCUUCCUGUACCCGGAGCUGGCUUACAGGAAGGAGACUCUGUCAGCAGACUUCAUCAACCGCAAAGUUGGCAUCAGUGAGUCGACUGAGCACAUCGCCCAGCUGUUGACCAAGAUGUGCUUGCGCUCAGAGGUCACAAGCGACGGCGAACAGAUCGAGGUGGAGAUCCCGCCCACGCGCUCUGACGUCAUCCACGCCUGUGACAUCAUGGAGGACGCCGCCAUGGCGUAUGGUUUCAACAAUAUUCCCCGCACCACGCCGCGCACCUAUACCGUAGCCAAUCAGCUCCCACUGAAUAAGCUGUCAGAGCUGCUGAGACAGGACCUGGCUGCUGCUGGAUUCACAGAGGCCCUCACCUUCGCCCUGUGUUCUCAGGAGGACAUAGCUGACAAGCUGUUGAAGAACAUCUCAGAGACCAGAGCAUGUCACAUCUCCAACCCCAAGACAGCUGAGUUCCAGGUGGCGCGCACCACCCUGCUGUCAGGCCUGCUGAAGACUGUUGCUGCCAACAGGAAGAUGCCUCUGCCUCUGAGGCUGUUUGAGAUUUCAGACGUGGUGCUCAAGGAUGAAACCAAAGAUGUGGGGGCCAGGAACAACCGUCGUCUGUGUGCUGUCUACUACAACAAGAGUCCUGGGUUUGAGGUGAUCCACGGCCUGAUGGACAGGGUCAUGCAGCUGCUGGAGGUCAAACCAGGCCAGGGCAAUGGCUACCACAUCCAGGCUGCCGACGAUUCCACCUUCUUCCCUGGUCGCUGUGCUGAGAUCUUUGCACGCGGGAAGAGCAUAGGACGCCUCGGGGUCCUUCACCCUAAUGUCAUCAACCACUUUGAGCUCACCAUGCCAUGCUCCGCCCUGGACAUCGACAUCGAGCCCUUCCUGUGAUGUCACAACCACACCCUGGGUGUGAUGUCACACCCAGGCACACACCGAACUUGUAAGACCACCAAACUCAUCAACCAACACAGGUUAAUUUACUCAUGCUCAGUCCAUCCCAACACGGGUUAAUUUACUCAUGCUCAGUCCAUCCCAACACGGGUUAAUUUACUCAUGCUCAGUCCAUCCCAACACGGGUUAAUUUACUCAUGCUCAGUCCAUCCCAACACGGGUUAAUUUACUCAUGCUCAGUCCAUCCCAACACGGGUUAAUUUACUCAUGCUCAGUCCAUCCCAACACAGGUUAAUUUACUCAUGCUCAGUCCAUCCCAACACGGGUUCAUUUACUCAUGCUCAGUCCAUCCCAACACGGGUUCAUUUACUCAUGCUCAGUCCAUCCCAACACAGGUUAAUUUACUCAUGCUCAGUCCAUCCCAACACGGGUUAAUUUACUCAUGCUCAGUCCAUCCCAACACGGGUUCAUUUACUCAUGCUCAGUCCAUCCCAACACGGGUUAAUUUACUCAUGCUCAGUCCAUCCCAACACAGGUUAAUUUACUCAUGCUCAGUCCAUCCCAACACAGGUUAAUUUACUCAUGCUCAGUCCAUCCCAACACGGGUUCAUUUACUCAUGCUCAGUCCAUCCCAACACGGGUUCAUUUACUCAUGCUCAGUCCAUCCCAACACGGGUUCAUUUACUCAUGCUCAGUCCAUCCCAACACGGGUUCAUUUACUCAUGCCCAGUCCAUCCCAACACAGGUUCAUUUACUCAUGCUCAGUCCAUCCCAACACGGGUUCAUUUACUCAUGCCCAGUCCAUCCCAACACAGGUGUUCCCAGCUCCAGCAGAGUACAGGCCCAACCCGCUCCAGCGGAACUCACGUUUUCACGCAAAUCUCCCGUUGACAUCACAUUGAAAGCUUGAGAUGAGUAAAGUGCAAAAGUUAGGAUUCGGACCCAAAUUAAUUGUUCAGUUGAUAUCAUGCAUGGUAUUUCUGUUGGACAAAUGUACAUCAGUGUAUGAAGUAACCAUAGAAACUUUUGGCUGGUACAGUGCAUUCGGAAAGUAUUGACCCCUUGACCUUUUCCACAUUUUUGUUACAUUACAGCCUUAUUCUUAAAUGGAUUCCAUAUAUAUAUAUAUAUAUAUAU